AAUUCCGAAAUAACUUGUUCCCUCGCAAAUAACCCCAAAAUGUUAGCAUUCAAUAAUGUAAAUAUAAGAUGGGGUAAGGAUUUAUCUUGGUGCCAAAUGGAUUUUACUCUCUUCUCCAUUUUCCUUUAAAUGAAAACAACUCCGUCUCCGCUCGUCCUCCCUCCGUCGCCACUCCGCCUCUCUCUGUUCAUCCCCCAAAAGUAGCGGGCCAGUGCCGACACCGGCGAAACAGCUCCAGCCAUCACCAGCGAAACAGCUCCAGCUCCAGCCACCACCGGAGAACAGGCACCGCCGCCGGUCUCUCCGUCACCGAUCUUAUCAUUUUAGUUUCCAAUUUCCAAUUUCCAGUUUCCAUUUUCAUUAGUUUUGUAAUCAAAUUCUGUUUUCUAUUCAAUAUAAACCCUGAAAAAUUGUCCCAAAAUUGUUUAGAGUUCAUUUCGAAUUUCAUUUACACAAGUUCUGUUUUUCUCAAAACAAACGAGCAAAGAACUGUUCGUCCAUGGCGGACUUGAGCCUAGCUGUUUUCUCCCUCGUCCUCCUCUUCCUCUCUCUAUCCCUCCUUAUUUUCCUAGCUUUCAUUGUCCGACCACGUCCCGUCAAAGUUCCAAUAAAGAAUCGCCACGUGUUUAUCACUGGCGGCUCAAGUGGCAUCGGCUUAGCUCUAGCUCAACUGGCUGCUUCAGAGGGUGCACAAGUCUCAAUACUAGCUCGUAAUACUAUAAGGUUGGAAGAAGCUAAGGAAUCAAUUCGGCUUUCUACUGGCCGUGAUGUUGCUAUUUUCAGCGCUGAUGUGAGAGACUACGGGGCUGUGAAGAAGGCUAUUGAAGAAGCUGGACCGAUUGAUGUGCUGGUGUGCAAUCAGGGCAUAUUUGUACCUCAGGAAUUGGAGACACAAGAUAUUGAGGAGAUUAAAUUCAUGAUUGAUGUGAAUUUGACGGGGACUUUUCAUUUGAUUAAAGCUGCUUUGCCUGGAAUGAAGAAUAGGGCCGAUCGUGGACCGGGGUCCAUUGCUAUCAUGUCGUCACAAGCUGGCCAGGUUGGCAUAUAUGGUUAUACAGCUUAUUCAGCCAGUAAGUUUGGCCUCAAAGGACUGGCAGAAGCACUGCAGCAAGAAGUAAUUGGUGAAAAUAUUCACGUGUCACUGAUAUUUCCCCCGGACACUGAAACUCCUGGAUUUGCGGAAGAAAACAAGAGGAGGCCACAGUUGACUAGUAUACUAGCAGCUUCUUCUGGUUCCAUGCAAGCUGAUGAAGUUGCUAAGAAAGCUUUGAAUGGGCUUAAAUCAGGAAACUUCAUUGUCCCCUGCAACUUUGAGGGAUUCUUUCUUUCCAUAGCAACUACUGGUCUAUCUCCUCAGAGAUCAUUCUGGAUGGCAUUUGUCGAAGUCAUAGCUGCUGGAAUACUACGUGUUGUUGGUCUAUGUUUCCAGUGGAACUGGUAUGGGAGCAUUGAGAAAUUCCUUGCAGAAAAGAAAUAGGGAGUAACCGGUUACUAAGCGCAGUCUUAACAAAUAAUUAUUGGCACUUCCGUCAAGAAUUGGUAGUUUGAUCAAAGAAAUUGAUUUCCACAUCAUAGUUAUUACAGAAAUUGAACUUUUUCAUGAUGUCUUAUGCACCCCUAGGCUGUUGAAUUUUCUAUUGCUUUAGUGCUAGUGAAAUAAAACUAUGUAAGUCUUUGUUCCUCUUUGAUUUUUCAAUGGAUUUAUCCAUUAGCAAGUGUUGCUAGCUAA